AUGGGGCUCACUCCAUGUGCAGCUGGGCGGCAGAUCCUCUUUGCUGCGAUGCUGCUGCUCUAUUUAGGCUUGGGUGAGACCUCCUCCGUAGUGAACAUGCGUAGGAUCGCCCAUCCCACAGUACAACAAACACUGGCAGGCAAAGCUGUCCUCCCCUGUGUCUUUACCCUUCAGACCAGCUCCUCCAGCCAGCGUCCACACAUCCUGUGGACCCGCACCGUGACAUCCGAAGGACAGGAAGCUCCAGUGGAGCAGAUUGUGCUUUCAGCUAAAGGUGAUGUAAUCAAGCUGAAUAAGGCUUUCAGUGGCCGCGUCAUGCUGCCAGGACACACUGCCAAUCCUCUGAAUGCCACCAUGGAGAUCUCCAGUCUCCGUACCAACGACUCAGGCACUUACCACUGUCAGGUUGUCAUGGGUAACGACUAUGAGAGGGACACUGUGCCCCUGGUGGUCUCCGGCGUGGUGUUUCGCUACCGGACCCCCAGCGCCCGCUAUGCCCUCUCAUUUACCGACGCCCAGCGGGUCUGCCAGGAGAACUCGGCUCAGAUCGCCACACCAGCCCAGAUGUGGGCAGCGUUCUAUGACGGCUUUGCCAGCUGUGCAGCCGGCUGGUUGGAUGAUCAGACCGUUCGCUAUUCUGUCCAGCUGCCAGAGCUUGGUUGCUAUGGCCACAAGGAGUACUCCGCUGGAGUGAGGAAUUAUGGGAAGAGGGACCCGAAAGAGCUGUUUGAUGUGUACUGUUUUGCCAAAGAACUGGAUGGUGAGGUGUUUCACUCCUCGGUCCCAGGCAGGUUGUCUCUGUCUUCCGCCUCAGACCGCUGUGUGUCCCUCGGGGGGCAGCUUGCCACGGUGGGGCAGCUUUACCUUGCCUGGAGGGCCGGCCUGGACAGCUGUGCCCCUGGCUGGAUGUCCGAUGGCAGCAUUCGCUACCCGGUGACCUCGCCUCACCUCGACUGUGGAGGGAUCCAGCCGGGCGUCCGCACCGUCACACCCAACAGCACCGCUGACAACACCACAGUUCUAUAUGAUGCUUACUGCUACAGAGGAAACAAAAAGAAUACGGACUCCGUCUCUCACAUCUACACCUCCCUGUGGAAGCCCUGGAGCUACCUCGCAGGCUCAAGUGAUGCUGACUCUUCAGGGAUGGACAGCCCCGACCCGACUACACAGCAGACUGUCACCACAAGAGGAUCCUUAAAUGGCAGGGAUGGUUCACCUUCCAACUGGACAGGAUUGGUUGACCUUGAGGAGGAGGCCACUCUUCCCAGCACUGAUGCUGUCUCAGACCCCUGGUCCUCAGAGUCUUCAGGAUCCUACGUGACCCUCCAGCUCAUCCCAGGACAGAGCUCCUUAGACUGGGGAGAGCCACUUGAGCCUGGUCCCGACUCGGAGGAGUUUCUCCGACCCCCAGUUCACCCAACAACACCUGCUGAGAAGAAAGUGAUCUCAAAGAUUUCCAAGUCCAUGUGGAAGCCGUGGAACUACUUGGUGGGAGCUGAAGACGAAGAGGGGACCAAAGCACCCAACGGGAAGGCAGGUGACGAGGAGACAACCUCAAAAAAGGAAGAUCAAGAAUCUAAGCCUUCCAGUUCGGCAUCUCCAGGUUUGUUUUCUUGGGGAAGUUCAUGGUUCAGCAGCCCCUCCGAGGAGAGCAGCGCACCAGCCAGCGUAGACUCACCCACUCGACUGGCAUCAACCUUGCCCGCCUCCGGUAUUCCUAUCACUGUAAAUAGCACCAAGACCCGGGAGAAUCCAGAGACCCACAAAUCCACCACCUCUAGCUCUGCACCUGAAAUCACCUCAUCCAGCGGGGAUACCUGGGUCCGCGUUGAAUCAGAGACCACGACCCAGCCGGGUGGCAAGAGGGAGGAGACAGUGACCUCCAGAGCGAGCGGUAGGGGCGGCAGAGGGAGGGGAAAGAAGAACCGAGGCGAAGAAAGGAGUAGAGGAGAAGAGAAGGAGAGAGGAGAGGAGAAAGGGAAAGGAGAAGAUGAGGGGAGUGGAGAAAUCACCGGAGCAGAGGCGAAGGGGGAGAUACAGGUGUCAAGACGACCGGUUGGAACGUCUAAACCGAGAGAAAGGUCCAGAGAAAGAUCCAGGGAGAGGGGUCACAGGAAAGGACAGUCCACCGCUUCCACCACCACGACUACCACAGCCACCAGCACCAGUCCUCUGGAGAUCACUGGGACAAACACAACUGGGUCGGAGAGCCCCGACUUCUCUACAUCCAAAUCACCGUCCAGUUUACCAGCAGGAAAACCAUCGAUCUCCCCAGACCAACGUCAAACACUGUCCUCCUCCCCCUCAGCCUCAACACCCCCAUCAGCCACAGUGUCUUCUAAACCAUCGUCACCAUCUCCUUCCUCUUCCUCCGCUCCUCCAUCCACUUUCUCACCUUCACUGAUUUCCCAAACCGCAUCACUCUCACCCUCACCAUCAUCAGUCUCCUCCCAUACCCUGUCUCAAAUGGUCGGAUCAGGAGACCCAUCGCCGUCUCCUCACCUUGAAAGCCAGGACGGCUCCUCUAACCCCCUGACGCCGCUUCACUGGGUCCCAGUGAAGACAGCAGGUCAGAACAGCUCUGUGGAUUAUCCCCCGUUACUGUCAGGGCCCCCGGAUGAGGAAGAGCCCGCUUGGUCUCACGCCGUGGGCUCAGGGGCCCUGUUACCUGGCAACAUGGAGGAGGAGAGCAGCAGAGGAGAGAACGUCAGCUCCGUUACUCUGGGCCCAACAGCCGAGGCGGAGCCCUGCGUGACAAACCCGUGUCUGCACGGAGGGAAGUGCCUACCUCAGGGAACGGGCUACAGCUGCUACUGCCCACAAGGAUUCACUGGGGAGAACUGUGAAAUUGAUGUUGAUGACUGUCAGUCGGAGCCAUGUGAAAAUGGAGGCACUUGCAUUGACAAGAUUGAUUCCUUCCUCUGCCUUUGCCUGCCCAGCUAUGGGGGAGACAUGUGUGAGAAAGACAUAGAAGGCUGCGAGCACGGUUGGUGGAAGUUCCACGGCCACUGCUACAGGUACUUCACCCACAGGCACACGUGGGAGGACGCAGAGAAAGACUGCAGAGAGCACAGUGCCCACCUCAGUAGUGUCAUCUCCACCACGGAGCAGGAGUUUAUCAAUGGCCUGGGUCAUGACAAUGCCUGGAUCGGACUGAACGACCGCACAGUGGAGGAGGACUUUCAGUGGACCGAUGGAAACGAUCUGGUUUAUGAGAACUGGAGGGAGAGCCAGCCGGAUAACUUCUUUGCAGGUGGCGAGGACUGUGUGGUGACCAUUGCCCAUGAGGAUGGCAAGUGGAACGACGUGCCCUGCAACUACAACCUGCCCUACAUCUGCAAGAAAGGCACAGUGUUGUGUGGGACCCCGCCCACAGUGGAGAACGCCCAUUUGAUAGGACGCCGGAGGUCACACUAUGACAUCCAUUCGGUAGUGCGUUACCAGUGCUCUGAAGGCUUCUACCAGCGUCACAUCCCCACCACUCGCUGCCGGGCCGACGGGAGCUGGGAGAGACCCAGGAUCAUCUGCACAAAGUCCCGGCGUUCACAUCGGUACAGACGCCACCACCACAAUCAGCACCGCGAGCGCCGCAGCCACAGGAGACACGGCGGAGACGGACACAAGGCCAGAGAGGACGCAAACAGCUCCUACUGA